AUGGCACCCGCUGCACCACCUCUGCCGACGAGGUUCCCAUGUUGGUGUAGAGCGGUAUACUCAUGGGGAGGAGAGUCGAAACGAGAUCUGGGAUUCAUCGAGGGAGAUCUAAUAGAAUGUUUGAAUGCUGGUGAUGGUUCGUGGUGGGUAGGCAGACUAUACCGAGAUCGAAGGACCGUGGGAUCGUUCCCGUCCAACUUUGUUGAGCUUCUCCCCUCUCAGUUCCGCCCAACGACCAAAUCUGUUCCGGCUCCUGUACCAAACGCACCACCAAGUACUGCACCGACAAAAUCCAGAACGUUUCGAAAGCCAUUCGAAGCAUACGCCAAGGCUCCUCACUACACCAGUGCGAAACAACCCGAGAUCUUCAAAGAGACCCCAAAACCUAAGGAACGACAAAACUCUGGUGCUUCAUUCGCACCUAGUACUCAUGAAACGGAACGAGGUCCGUCGCCUGCACCUCCCCAGUCAUAUAACCACCGAGGGCCUUCACCUGCGCCACAAGCCCACGAUCACCGGGCACCUUCGCCCGCACCCUCACCGGCACCUUCUCACCACUAUGGCUCACGGGCUCCAUCUCCAGCCCCCACGCACAGUUACCACUCGAGGGCUCCUUCACCUGCGCCAAUGCAAAGUUACCACCAUUCGAGAGCUCCAUCACCAGCUCCUCCUCAUGGUUACGAUGCAAGGGGGCCUUCUCCUGCUCCUCCGAUGCACCAAAGCUAUGGCUAUGCUUCAAGAGGUCCAUCUCCCGCGCCAUCUUUCCAUCGUCAAAUAGUCCCUUAUCGAGGAGGACAGGAUAGAGGUAACUCACCGCCUCCCCCACCACCGCCUCCUCACCGGCAAAUGACGAGAGGAGGAUCCAGCGAUCUGCAUAGGAGAUCUAUUGAUAUCUCCCGUCAUGGAUCUAAUGCCUCUUUCCAGCCCUUCUCGCCCUCUAGGCAAAAUUCUAAUAAUUCCUACCGACCGCCACAGCCACCACAACCAACAAUUAGGCAUGGAUCUAGAGGAUCUUUCGAUGAUAGGUCAUAUAUGCCAUAUACCCCUGGUAGGAACUCCCCUGUUCCGCCAUCGCCCGCUGGAGGUAUGACGCCUUCUCCAUUGAGAGAGGCCAUGGAUGGGGUCAUGGAGCAAUUGGACGUACUAGGUGGUGGUCUUGGACGGCCUGGCCAAGCUCCUUCACCCGAGCCACCUACCGAUCCCUGGUCUCCAGAAUCCUUUGAUAUGCUGUCCCAUCGUUCAACUAGAAGGGACCAGGAGCGAAGCAGGCCUAAAACCUCGAUGGGAAUCGCGCAAGAUGAGGGGUAUGAAACAUAUAGCGGCGAAUCGUCUCAAGAAGUGUCUUAUCAGAGUGGAGGAAGAGAAGACAAGCUCAGCAGUUAUGUUGAUCGCAUGGAAAAGCGGUUUCAGCAAAUGCAUCGUCAGAACUCAAGGACUAGCGAGCCUGAUGAUGACCAGCCACCUCCUCCGCCCCCUAAAAAUGUGCCGUACGAGCGGCCGAAAUCGUCUAUGGGCCGGUCCAUUGAGCCUGAACGAAAGCUACGAGCUCGUAAGUCGGCAUAUGAGAUCGGAAGAGGAGUUGCCCGCACAUUAACAACAAAAACCAACUCGACCAAUUCGUCGUCAGGCAAUCAGAGCAAUACCAGCUCAUCAACACAAAGCACUUCAAGGACCUUAUGGAGCGGGACAUCAGCUGGCGCUUUCAGCACUACUAGUGCGGGAAGCCUUGCACGCUCAGGCAAGCGUCAACGUGCACAAAGUGCUCUGGGAGCACGAGACCUGGAGAUUGACAGACCGGACUCUCCUUUCACAGGAGUCACCUAUCACAGCAGUCAUGCAAGUGAUUCUCCAGCGCAACAGCGUCCCCAGACCCAAGUCGGCUUCCAUGAUGAUCCUUCGUUGGAAUUGGGAGGCUUGGUGCAACCAAAACCACCCAAGAGGAACAUCUUCCGCAAAAUAUUUGACACCGCCAAAACAGGUGUUGCGAGCAGCCGUGGUGGUCUCGUCGCUGGUGGUCUCGGUAUGGACUCGCCAAAAUCACCCUUUGCUCGUUCAAUGCCAGCUGGAGCUUCGCCUAUGCCAGGUAUGGGUAGCACGCCUACCAACAGAGACGUUGCGACAGAAAUGGGAUUGAGUGGCGGUGUUGAUUGGGUUCAGGUCCGACGUGAUGUGAAUCGUUCCAAUUCGCUCAGUACAAUAGAGUUGACUGAGCGCCGCGAGCGAUGUCAAAUGAUGGAUCACCCUGCCCUUAAUCCUGUCGAUGAGCUCUACGAGGGCGUCGAAGGAGAUGAAGGGGCUGACGGAGAGCCAGUCCAGGAACCCACCAACUACCAAGGGAUUAACUUGUCUCAAGUAGACAAGAACUCCCGAUUCAUCAGCGGUCUUCCUCCCGCCAUAACAGCCAUCCAACUUGCCACUACAUACGUAUGCCGACCCUACAGGAGCGAAGUCCAGCGGCUGCGAGCGAUCUUUACGUGGGUCUCCGAGAAGAUCUGCUGGGAAGAGGACUUUGAGGGUGAAAUCGACACAUCACGGGUUAUCCAGGCCAAAAGGGCGUGCGCUGAGGAGUAUGCUGUCCUAGUGAUGGAGAUGUGUUCUGCCAUCGGUAUCCACUGUGAGAUCGUUCGAGGCUAUCUCAAGUCUCCAGGGGAGGUUUCCGAAAUCAACAUCAUGCCACGACCCAACCAUUGGUGGAAUGCCGUUCUCGUUGAUAAUGAGUGGCGCAUGAUUGACUGUUGUCUUGCCAGCCCCUCUUAUCCUCGGCGGGGUUUAUACUCCAAUGCCAAUAACACGGCCGAUCCGUGGUGGUUCUUGACCAGGCCACUGGAGAUUUGCUGGACACAUAUCCCAGAACAUCACAGUCAGCAGCACAUCGUACCACCUGUCGCACACGAAACAUUGCUCAAUCUGCCAUGUGCUUGUGCGCCCUUCUUCCGCAAUGGUUUUGAGAUGGUAGACUACAAUACUGCAUUGACUCGGAUCGAAGAUCUAGAGAUGGUUCAUAUCAAAUUCAGUGUUCCAUGCGACGUGGAGAUUGCCGCCGAGGUCGAAGUUCGAGGCUAUUCGAGAGAUUCAGACGGAGAUGUGUUCGAGAGCGGCGAUAUCGUCAAGAAGAGGGCACUGGCUCAAGCUGAAUGGUUCAAUGGCAUCAAGCGAUACACUGUCAAAGCUCUACUGCCUGGAGAUGAAGGGCAAGGUACCUUGAAGAUUUAUGCUGGCAAGCGAGGCCUUAUGCACAGUAUCAAGGAUAUUCCACAUCCCCUUGCCUUUGCAUUGCCUAUUGUCCACACAGGCGAAAACCCGCCCUAUGAGUUUGUCACAAGACAUCCAACUCCUCACGCACAGAGGCAUGAUAUCUAUGUGGUUCAGCCGCAGUGCCAAAGGCUUGCUCUUAACAAUACUUUUGUCUUCGCCAUCAGACAGCACCCAAGUUCGCUGGGUGGAUCGGCACUUACACCGUCAUCUAAUCCAGGCGGCACCAGCCCCAUACCGUUCGCCCGCCCCAGUUCAGCGCUGAGCAUGAAUGCGUCCAGUGUUAGCGGCUCGACCCCAAGCUCAGCUACGGGCACUGUGGCUGGGAAGAAGCCUGCCAAGUUGGCGAUACAGACUCCAGGAGGCAAGAUCCUCCGUCUUAUGAGGAAAGAGGAUCGUAAGGGUAUUCACGUUGGAGGUCGAAGUCUCUCAGGUAGCGAAACUGCUAGUGAUGGUGGAACCUGGGAAACAAUAAUCAAGUGUUCAGAGAAGGGUGUAUGGCGAGGCCUUGUACUCGCAGAUCGCACAGCUCGAUGGUGUGUCUUUGCUGAAUGGGUUUGCAUGGGUUGA